AUGUUCGCCCCAGAGUCCCUCGUAUUCUCGCUCCUCGCGCUGGCCGGAGCAUCUUCUGCCUACAGCCUCGAGGCUCGCCGCACGCAAGGAAACAACGUCACGAUCGUUUCGCUUGAGAAGGCCCGCAACUCGACUGGCGGCUCAGGAAGCGUAGCAGCCGCAGGAACACUACAGCCCUUCGGCGGCAUCGGCAUCGGCUGCGGUGUGAACUGGGACAACAAGGUCGGCUAUGGAGGUGGCUUGACCGCCGGCUCCGAAGCGUUCGGCCUCGGCGGUGGCUACAAGAUCACACCGGACACGAUGGAGAUUGGCAAUGGUAUCGGCAUCAAUGGCAAGCACAAUGCCACGGCGGAUGUGCUCUUCAAGGGCAGCAGGAACGGAACGUUUGAGCUGAAGUUUGAGUCGACGGCGAACUUUGCUUGUGUGCCUUCGAACAAUGGAACGGUGUACUCGGUUGUGUGCAGCACUGUUACGGGCAAGGCGGCGUACUUGGAUGUGGAUGCGGAGGUCAAUGUUUAG